GCCGCCGCUUACUCCCGGCGUACUACACGCGAGACCGAGAGGAAUGCGAAACGAUCGUCAAGCAACUAUGAAUAGAACCGAAGCUCCGGGUCAAGGCAUAUGAAACGGAGCGUCUGUCGGGUAGUUCCGACAAGGAGUUUGCCUGUGUUUCGACUCCACCGCAAUAUGGCCGCAUCGCCGUACACACGAUCCCCAUCCUCGGAGCAUCGUGCCCGUAAAUCACGUGUCAGUUAUCCGCUGCUCGCAAUAAUGUCAUAUGUGGUGCUGACGAAAGGUAUCGAUCAAACAUCAGCGUGAAAAGUGACUCUCGGCUCGCUCGUCCGCUCGCUCGCAAACACCCGUGCAUAUCCGCUCGCUAUUAUUACAUCAACGAGAAAACAGGAUGUGAUUUAUUCACGAUGCUCCGACUUCGGGAUAGUGUAUGACGCGGGCUGAUUGUCGUGUGUGCGUGCGUGCGUGCGUGCGUGCGUGCCAGCCAAUCCGGCAGUCCGUGACAGGACUGGAUGAUGCUGGAAUGGAUCUCCAAGUGGCCCAACUCAAUAGUCAGACAGACAAGGAAGUACAUUCCAGGACGACUUUAUCAUGGCUAGAUUGGCAGUUGCCUUACUUUGUAGCGCUUUGUGCAAUCGCUGGCACUAUUCUUUUUACAUUCCUAAUCUUGUUAUGGCUACGAAAACAAAUGUCGCGUGAAAAAGAUAACGAAAAUGGCGAUCGGCACGGUCUGGUCGAGGAAGGUGCCAUUUGUCAGCCAGACAAAUCCACGAAAGACGCAAAGGAAUCCGUGGAAGCUAAAUGGGUUCACGAGGCAUUCGCCAAGCAAUCUGCACCCAAGUAUCCGGUACGCCCGGUCCCUCAGACCUCUUUACCCGAGCCUUUGGUCACGCCCGAACGCAAACCGGAAGCGGUACGUGUCAAAGCGAAGGGAUUGCUCGAGAGACGUGGCUCGAGCACGAGUUUAACCAUAGAAUUGGCGCCAGCUCCCGAAAGUCCGCCACAUAUGGUCACUCCUACCCGAGAAUGUACGACGGAGGAGUUUCUGCUAAGCGCGGGAAAUGUACUGUCGAGGGCGCAAUUGAAGAAGGUUGCCCAAAAUGCGGGAACGUUGCACAAAGAGUUCUGGGAGGUGCCGCUAAACCUACCGGAAAAGGUCGACAUCUGCGGCUCGGGGGUCAAGAAUCGAUACAGCUCCGUCUUGCCCAAUUCACAGAGCAGAGUGGUUCUACCAAGUUCCUCCGACGAUCCGCUCGCCGGUUACAUAAACGCCAACUACAUCCGCGGAUACGACGGCGAAAGUGCUAGAUACAUCGCGACACAGGGACCAUUAGCCAACACGAUAGCGGAUUUCUGGAAAAUGGUCUGGGUGGAAAACGUUUCUGCGAUCGUCAUGAUAACUAGAUUGUACGAAACGUCCAAACCAAAAUGCGAGGCGUACUUUCCCUUUGACGUAAAUAAUCGCAUACAAGCCGGACCGUUCACAAUUAUCGUUAACUAUACGGAUACGAGAAACGGAUAUACCGUCAGAACUAUGGAGAUCCGGAACGAAGGAGAGAGAAGAAACUUGCAGCACUAUUGGUAUGAUUCAUGGCCGGACCAUGCCGUACCUCAAACUGCGGACGCACUCGUUAGUAUGGCCGCAGAGGUAAACGCUUCACCAAGACCAGUAGUCGUCCACUGCAGCGCGGGUAUAGGACGAACUGGCUGUUUUGUAGCGAUAGGGAUAGGAAUGAUUCAGCUUCUGAGAGACGGAAAUGUCGAUGUACUCGGUAUUUUGUGCCAGAUGAGAUACGACAGAGGAGGGAUGGUACAAACGGCUGAACAAUAUGAAUUUAUUCAUAGAGCGCUUCAUCUUUACGAGCAGACACUAGACAGCAAACCGUCGACUUCGAGCGAUUGAAUGGAUAUACCGCUACCGUAGCAAUUUCUUUCGCUUGUUCUUUCGUGAAACGGGGCUUUAUUAUUGCCUAAGAGAAUGUCACUUGGCGUGUAGGGCUAUAUGCUUGCCGCAAAACAAGGGGGAAAAAAACAAAGAAGAAAAGAAACCAAAGAAACAAUUUCUAACGAAUCUCAAUGUUAGCCUGUGAACCGACCCUCUCAUCUUUAUCUCAAUAUUCGGACGAGUUGAAACUCGUUAAUAAGCUGCCAUUUUCUACUGCCAUGACAAAUCAUUGACAAUUGAUAUCAAUCGCAGAGCUCAAGAGAUAAACAAAAAAAAAAAAGGGUUCACCGUCGGAGUGCAUUUUCUAAGCAGGUGCUUUUUAAAACUGAUGUAUCAUAGAUAGCUUAACGAGAUGAAUAUUUAUGUUUCUAAUAACGCGUGAUAUGAAUCGCGCGGCACGUACGCUUAAAAGUCAAGAUUAUAUUAUUUUAUAUAAGUUACGAAUAAGAGGUAAUCUCUAAAUAUACGGCGAUAAUGCAUUCGCGAUUCGUAUCGUCAAAUUUAUAUAUCUAAAGAUCAGACACUAAACUUGGGAUUUAAUUAUCCACACAUUCCUCGUGUAUUAGGGGAUAGUCGCUAAGUUCCAAUAAAAUUUUAAACACACAAAAAUGUGUAGAGACGGUUUCGCGACUGUGCUAAUAUAGCUCAUACUAAAUACGAUAUUCUUCACUAUUAUCGACGCGUCACGACGGAGUAGACACAUGACAAAAUUCACUAAACUGUUCCAACGUGUAAGAGCUAAAGUUAAGCACAAUUACUUUAAUGUUAAAUGUGAACUAAAUGUGAAAUUAUAUGUGCGUGCGCGUGCGUUGGUGUGGUGUGUGGUAUACAGGGUGUUCCAGGAGGAAAGGUCAAUAUUCUGGGAGGUGAUAGCAACGGUCGUUCUAAGCAAAAAUCUUGAUACGAAUAUACGUCUCAUUCCCCACUGUUUCCGAUAUAGAGCUACUUGAAUGUCCCGCGUAUUUACUUCUUUUCUCUACACUUGACCUAUCGUCCAGCCUCAUAAACGUCUGCUAACUGUUGUGCCGAUAACAUUGUAAAAAUGUUGAAAAUGCCUCGCAUAUUCACAAGUGUCGAACGGUUUCUGUUUCCCCAAGGUUUUCAAUACAUUGCGCCAAAGUGUGAACGUUUCCCAGUGUUCACGCUUUAUCCGAACGAGGACGUCGACAAAAUAUGCUCUAUCUCGGAAACAGUGGGGAACGGGACAUGUAUUCGUAUCAACAUUUUUGCUUAAAAAGUAUGUGCGUGCGUGCGUGUGCGUGUGUGUGUGUGUGUGCGAGUGUGUGACUGAUACUAUCACCUCUGAGAAUAUUCCUCCUGGAACACCCUGUAUGCAGGAUGUUUCUUGAUGAAAUUUUAGAAGGUGAUUCUUUGUCUUUGUUCGGUGACGAGUGUAGCGCGGAGUGAUGUGCGCUGCUCAGUAAACAACCCCAUUUUUUGGAGGAGUGUAACUCCACGGAGAGGAAUGUAGGAGUAUAUGUAUUUAUAUGAAAAAACGUCCCUUAAUUUUCGACAAAGAGUCAUCUUCCGCAAUUGUACGCACUUAUUAAGAAACACCCUGUACACGCACGAGGAUAACUGUUGAAACAAUUACUAAUUUGUGGGACCCAAAUCGAGUAGAUAUCGUCUUAUGCUUUUACUUAGUUUUCUUAUCUGAUUUGAAAAUACCUUUUAUGAUUUUUUCUCGGGUUUAUUUAGCCGACUAAGACUGAACACGGAUAGUACAAUAUGAUUUAAAUGCAAACGGGACAAUGGCUUGAUUUAAAAAAAAAA